CUCACUGGCGGGGAAGGCAGGGCUGGCCCGGGGAUGGGAUCCUCCUCCCGCCUCCCUCCCGCGCGUGGCUCAGACGUCAGGAGGAGCCCGAGCGGGCGAGGAGGCAGCGCCCAUCCCCGCAGCUGGCAAAGUGUCGGCGGCCGCCGGACGGGGCGGAGGAGACAGCGCGUCCGGCUAGGCUGGGCGAAGCGGGAGAAAGUCCAGGUGGGCAGCCAGGAAGGGCGCGCGCGACAUGGCCGACGUCUUCACUGCUUCCGAGCCCGGCUCGGGUCCCGACGUGGCGCGGCGCUUCGCCCGCAAAGGCGCCCUCCGCCAGAAGAACGUGCACGAGGUGCGGGACCACAAAUUCAUCGCGCGCUUCUUCAAGCAGCCCACCUUCUGCAGCCACUGCACCGACUUUAUCUGGGGGUUUGGGAAACAAGGAUUUCAGUGCCAAGUUUGCUGCUUUGUGGUUCACAAGAGGUGCCAUGAAUUUGUUACCUUUUCAUGUCCUGGGGGAGACAAGGGACCUGACACAGAUGACCCAAGAAGCAAGCACAAGUUCAAAAUCCACACAUAUGGAAGCCCAACAUUUUGUGACCAUUGUGGGUCAUUACUUUAUGGACUUAUACAUCAAGGGAUGAAAUGUGACACCUGUGAUAUGAAUGUUCACAAACAAUGUGUGAUAAACGUCCCAAGUCUUUGUGGCAUGGAUCACACAGAAAAAAGAGGGAGGAUCUAUUUGAAGGCUGAAGUUAAUGCUGACAAGUUAGAAGUCACAGUGCGAGAUGCAAAAAACCUAAUUCCUAUGGAUCCAAAUGGGCUUUCAGAUCCUUAUGUGAAGCUGAAACUUAUUCCAGAUCCUAAGAAUGAAAGUAAACAAAAAACAAAAACCUUUCGCUCUACUCUUAAUCCAAGUUGGAAUGAAACAUUUACAUUUAAAUUAAAACCUACAGACAAAGAUAGAAGGUUAUCUGUUGAAAUCUGGGACUGGGAUCGAACAACUCGGAAUGAUUUCAUGGGCUCUCUUUCUUUUGGCGUGUCAGAACUCAUGAAAAUGCCAGCAUGCGGAUGGUACAAACUGCUUAAUCAGGAAGAAGGCGAGUAUUACAACGUUCCAAUACCAGAAGCCGAUGAAGAUGGAAAUGCAGAACUGAGGCAGAAAUUUGAGGGCAAAAGAAAGGUCCAAGAUAAGAAAGCAAGACUUGGACCUUCUGCUAACAAAGUUAUAACUCCAGUUGAAGACAGGAUCUGUAAUUUACCCUCCAACAAUCUUGAUCGGGUUAAGCUGACAGAUUUCAACUUUCUCAUGGUACUCGGGAAAGGGAGCUUUGGAAAGGUGAUGCUGGCAGAGCGAAAGGAUUCAGAUGAACUGUAUGCUGUCAAAAUACUGAAGAAAGAUGUGGUGAUUCAGGAUGACGAUGUAGAGUGUACCAUGGUUGAAAAAAGAGUUCUGGCAUUGCUGGACAAGCCUGCUUUCCUAACACAACUUCAUUCUUGCUUCCAAACUGUGGACCGCCUGUACUUUGUCAUGGAGUAUGUGAAUGGUGGUGACCUCAUGUAUCAUAUUCAGCAAGUAGGAAGAUUCAAGGAGCCCCAAGCAGUGUUCUAUGCAGCAGAGAUUUCAGUGGGACUUUUCUUUCUACAUAAAAAAGGAAUCGUUUAUCGGGAUCUGAAAUUAGAUAAUGUAAUGUUGGAUUUUGAAGGACACAUUAAGAUUGCAGAUUUUGGGAUGUGUAAGGAGCAUAUGACUGAUGCUGUUACAACAAGGACCUUCUGUGGGACUCCAGAUUACAUUGCACCUGAGAUUAUAGCUUAUCAGCCAUAUGGAAAGUCAGUGGACUGGUGGGCCUAUGGUGUAUUGUUAUAUGAAAUGCUUGCUGGUCAGCCCCCAUUUGAUGGUGAGGAUGAAGACGAGCUCUUUCAGUCAAUAAUGGAACAUAAUGUUUCUUAUCCAAAAGCAAUGUCCAAAGAAGCUGUGUCCAUUUGCAAGGGGUUGAUGACUAAACACCCUGCCAAACGUCUUGGUUGUGGGUCAGAGGGGGAAAGAGAUAUCAGAGAACAUGCAUUCUUCAGGAGAAUUGACUGGGAGAAGCUAGAGAACCGAGAGAUCCAGCCUCCAUUCAAGCCUAAAGUGUGUGGCAAAGGUGCCGAAAAUUUCGACAAAUUCUUCACCAGAGGACAACCAGUGUUAACACCACCUGAUCAGCUGGUUAUUUCUAACAUAGACCAAGCGGAUUUUGAAGGGUUCUCCUACAUUAACCCACAGUUUGUUCAUUCCAUGUCGCAGAACGUAGUAUGAAAAAGAGAGACAUGAAACCACAGAGUGAAAAAUUGUCCUUGGAGUUUUUAGACCUUUGCCUUGUUGAUUCCAUUUGGGUCUGAAAAUUAUAGGGGUAGGAAGUAGUGGUAAGAAGUUUUUGAGGUUUACAAACAAAGAGUGUGUGGUCUUCAGAGAUCGCCACACAAGCACCCAUUGUAUUCAUUUAGGAAUCACAGCUGCUUUUUUGUUCCUUUUAUCAAACUAGUCUUCGUCAAUGCGUUUUUAUAACUUCUAUUGUCCCCAUUUGUACCCUAUAUCUCAGCGACUCAUAUUUUCUUCUUAUAAACUUGAUAACAAAUAUAACGGUACCAUGUAUGUUCAGAGAAAACGCUUGUAAAAAAAUUAAGCAGAUCAGAAAUGUGUUCACAGCCCUCUGGGACCAGGUCUAUUGUUGGUCAAGCUGGUGUCAGAAAUACAUGAAAGAAAAUUGACAAAAGCAGGUCAAAGUGAAAGAAAAAAUCUGGCCCAUCAGAUCUUUUUAAAUCCGUUGAUCAAAGAAGAUGCAAAUAUCUGAAAAAAAAACUUCAGUUUGAAUGGGAAAAAAAGAUAUGUGCGACUGAUGUUAACUACAACCUGUGAUUAAUUAACUGAAAAUUGCAAAAUACUGAUACAUGUGUUACUUUUAAUCUCCAUGAGAUUAUUUUGUGAUUCUAGCUACUAUUAUAUUACUUAACUUACUCCAUUACUUAUAUUUCUAAUUAAGGCAAUUUAAAUAUUCCAUGUGAAAACAUUUUGGCUCUAUCUCUGCAAGCUCCAACCCCCUCAAUUUAUACUUAUUUAUUGAGUAAGUUGCAUGAUAGGUUUAGAGUACAGAAAGUGUUUGCAUAGUAAAUUUAUGGAACUAUGGCGUUCAGUGUCACUCCAAGCCUUUCCAGGAUAAUUAAGGUUUUUUAAAAAAAUAUAUCUAUUUUCAGUGUUUAAACAUUGGUUUAUGAAUCCUGUAGUCAGCAAAGAAACCAAGGAAAAAUGAAAAUGAGUUGGAGAUUAUUUUCUUCAACUGAACCAAUCCUGGGUAAAGAUACCGAAUACAUUUUUGCAUAUGCAUCAUGCAAUGAAUUUUGCAUGUUUAAUAAUUAACAUUAGGUGAAUCUACAUUAUGGAUAAUUUUAUCAAGCAUGAAGAAGAUGAUAUAAUUUUGUAAGACACAGCUGUGCUAUAUUUGUGAAGGUUCUUUUUCUGGAUAGAUUUAAUUUAAAUUUAGCUUAAUGUUUUAUUAUUUUGAUUCUGGGUUUGGGCUUUUUUGAGGGCUUGAAUAAAAUUGAUCAUUUAGGGAAAUUUCUCCUUCAUUCAUGCAAAUAGCCACUGAUAACUGAUAAUAGAUACCUACAGAUUUCUACAGGACUUGCACCACAAAUGAUAGAGGUUUGCAUGUUACACCUGCAUGUGCUCACUAUCCCCCCCUUUUCAAAACUACUCCCAAAUCUCCUAUCGGCUAAAGGGAGAGGACAUAUGGUGCAUGCUUUUGCAUUUACAGAGCUCUUGCAUCAAAUCCCAAAAACACUUUUUGACUUCAGGCAAUUUAAAGGACAUGAAAAAAGCUAACUGGAUGUUCAAAACGUGUAGAAUCAAUGAGCGAGUUUUUUGAAUAGCUGCGUCUUCCACCUGCUGCCGUGUGAACAGCAGUGAGUGGAAGGCAGCAUUUUCCCCACGCUGCUUUUUCCCCCCUCUUACCUCCUCUCAGCUGCUGUCAUUGCAGAGAAGCCAGGGGACACACCUCCUGGCCUCCAUCCCUAGCGGCUUCACCAUGGCUACGGGGACGUGUCCCCUGGCCUCUCUACAGGCUGCACGCCAUUCUGCAAACGGCAGCCGAGAGGAGCUAAGAGAGGCGAAAAAUCAGCGUGCCCCAUGCGAAGGAGGCCCCGCAGGCCACUGGGGCACCAGGGCCGUUUGCAGAAUGGCGUGCAAACGGCCCCGGGGGGUGCACUGCCCCCGUGCAGAAACAGCCAUAGAAUCAUAGUUGGAAGAGACCACAAGGGCCAUCAAGUCCAACCCCCUGCAAUGCAGGAACACUCAAUCAAAGUAUAUUUCCCCGCCUUUGUGGCUAUACCUAUUGAUUGCCAAAAAGGGAAAGGAUAACUGUGCUGUAUGGGUUCCACAAACAGCAGUAUGAAGAAGAGAGGUUCUCAGGUAACUAAAAUAUCAGUUUUACAUUACGUGUAAACUGUAGCAAACUAUUUCAUUUCUCCCUUCUUGAAAAUUCUUGCUUAAUUUAGCAUUUUUCCUUCUUCUGUGAUAACUCUGAGGACCUGUGUGAGAACUAGUUCAUAUGAAGUUUUAUCUUCAUGGGUAUAUAUUAAUAUUGUGGGAAACACACAUAGCUAUACACAUUCUCAUGUGUGAUAACCAUGCAGGUGUCUGUUUUGUGGCAUACAUAUGUUUAGAAGAACCCUUUGCUGAUCACAGUUUUCCUAGAUGCAUUAGUGCACGGUUAAGUGCACAGAGACAUGGUAUGCAUUGCAUACAUUAUGAUAUACAUAGUUUCCCCAAAGUCUAACUGGAAAACCUUGUGCAUCAGCUAUACUCCAUAUAGUCAAUGAGGACUUCAAAAUGGUCUCCCCUCUAGGCAAAAUUCUUAUUCUGUUAGUAUAUUUUAGUUGAUAUGCUUAAAGCACUUUCUACAUAUAGAAAGGUGGGAAGACUUAUUUAUAAAAUUAAUUAUUAUACUAAUAGGUGCUUUUAGUUUUUAUGUUUACUACAAGGGUAGUAGCACACCCCCUCUCUUCCCUCCCCAGUUUAGCUUAAACUUUUGUGUAGGAGUGUCAGAAUUUUUGUACCCAUUUAUCUUCUUCUCUACCUUGCAAAAUAUUCUUGCAUUUUUGCCACAUUUAAUUCACAUUUUCUGGUUGCUCUCUGGUAACCACUUGUGACAUUUACAUAGGUGUAGCAUUUGCUGCAAUUCCCAUUCUCCUCUUUUCAACAGAGGAUUAAAUUGUCUUGCAGAAAUGCGUACCCACUUCUGGUCUCCUUUUUAUUCACAACAUCAGUUAUUCACUCAGUUUAUUCUGGGUUGUCAGCUGAGAACCAGUCAAGUGGAUGGCAAUAUUUGUCAUGAAAAUCAGUUUAACAAAGGGACAUCAGGGGAUACUGUGGCAGGAACACAUAGAUGACAUUGGGAAGCAAUUACAAAGCAGCAUGCUGCGAAUAAGAGGAGUCUCCAAAUAGGGAAUGGCAGGGAAUGGCAAAUAGCAUAAUAAUCAGAACAAAUGGCGAAUCUAAACAAAGCAUUCCAAACAUACUUUCAAGCAAAAAUGCUUCAUUGUCUCAAUGCCUAACUGUCUAUUGCUACUCUAGAAUCUAAAUGUUUUGCCUAGAAUUAUUUAGCUCAGUUUUGACACCAGCUUCUUUCAUACUUAUCUUUGUUUUUGCACCAUUGUCACAGUUUUCAAGAAAGUUUAUUUUGACAUUAUUGAACAGAUAAUUUUCAACGCUUAGUCUGAACUCUUUGGUAGAUUACACAUAAUUGGCACAGUCUGGAAAAAUAUUUUUUAUUUUAUUAAAUUUAUGUCCUGCCCAUUCCCAACCAGGGUUGGGCUCAGGGCAGUUUACAAAGAUUAAAACAUAAUAAACAUAAUAAUACAACAAUAAUACAAUAAUACAACAAAAUACAAUAAAUGAAUAUGACUAACACCCAUUUAUUUAAUGCAUUUUUGUCACGGUGGGCAUAAAAAGCUCAAAUUCUAUCCAUUACUAUCCCCUACAAGGAAGCUCUAUUUCAGAAUAUUGUUUGUUGAUCAAAAUUCUCUCUUCCCUCUGUUGCUAAGUCAUGAGAUUUAUUUCAGAGGGAAUGUCACACACACUGGUUUGGAGUCAUAUGUAUAGUGACAUCAGUGUGCAUAAUAUUCUUCAGAGUAGUAAAAAGGAAGGCAGGCCUCUGCCCUCAAGGAACUUACAAUCUACAAUCUUAAGUGCUGUGGUGAUUAUCAGUCCUUGAAAAGGGCUUUUGUAGAAAGGAGAUACAGAAGGCUCGUGAAUCGUCAUUCAGGAAAACCAAAUGAAAGAAUAGCAAGUAGCUGAUGGUGACAGGAACUUCUGCUCUAGUAUUACAUGGAAGUAUUAUAUGGAAGUAUAUUAUAUAACAACUAUUAUAAUUAUUAUAGUUGUUAUAAUUAUCACUAAUCUUGGUCAGCAGUCAAUAGGUUUUCUUUUUGCACCACAACUCAGUGAAAAGGUUUUCUUUUUGCGACACAACCUCAGGCUCUAAUUUGCUCUAUACAAGAUGCAACAUCGCGCUACAAAGAAGUCAUUUGCUUUCAUUUCUUUCCCUGCAAACAUAUCUGUAUUUUUAGAAACACUUUUGCUUGCUUUGGAGUUUGCCAAUUUAAUAGAAGACAGUAUUUUCUCCUCUCAAAUUACCUACAUUUAUAUAAUGCAGGGUGUUCUUCUGCUUGGGAUUUCUAUAAUGCCAAUACAAGUAAGACAUUCUUCAUUUUUGUGUUACUGGGAGAAUACCACUUAUACAAAAACAUGAAAACUUAAGCAAAGAAGGAGACAUUAAUGUAUUUAGAUAUUCAUAUACCCCAGUAGGGAAAUAAGCUGUUUUCCACAUGUUCCCACCUCCUGUUUUCCACAUGUUCCCACCUCCUCCAUUUUAUCCAAGCAGAUGCAUCUGAGGUAUGGGAAAGAGAAGGCAGUUAGUUGACGUUCUUGGGCUCUCCUAGCAUCCUGACAUCAGGUAUUUCUUAACCAGGACCAGCCUGUGCCCACCAUAUCCUGCAAGGGUUGAUCUUUUAGUGAUGACUGGACUUUUUUAGAAAAGGAAAUUGUGUGUAUAUGUAUGUGCAUGCUCUUAAAAGUCAACCUUUCAAUUUGAUUUUGAUUUGAAAAACAGCUUUAAAUAAUCUCUGGAAUCAAAUCUUAUUUUUGGUCAAAUAAUCAUAGAUCAUUGAUAAUCAUAGAUUAAAAUGUUAGCACAGACUUCUGCUCCAGUCUUUUGGAGGGAAGGGGGUUGGGGUUCACUAUGAGACAUGCGGAAGACAUGUACGAAACUUCUUGUACAAAAGUUCUGAGGUUGGUAAGGCUGAUGUAGUUUGAUGUUUUGUAUAUUCAGUGUAUGAUCCCAUUUCCCUUUGUAUCCCUCCAUGUCCUUUCCCAUCAGCAGUCUCCAGUGCACCCAGGAAAGCUUCAAGUUGAAUUGGGUCCUUAUUGUGUAUUACAUAUAAUAAUUAUAUAUAGCCAUCAAAAUGCAA